AUGAAAGGAAUUGUGAGGGAAUUGGAUAAAAAUGGAAAAAUUAGAGUAGAGCAUUUACCUGCUUAUAAAUUACCAAAAAUUUUGAGAUUUGGACGGUCUUCUAAAGCUAAGGAUUUUCUCAAUCUUCGGCUUGCUGGUUUGGACAUUUCUCCUGUUGGUAUUGACUAUUUAACCAAAGAUUUGAGGAUAGAAGGACGCCCAGUUGUUUUUAGCGUGGUUAAUAUUGUUGAAAAGCAACCAGAUAUUGCAAAUGCUGAUUUGACGAUUAAAAAGCCUCUUCGCAAAAUAAAUUUAAAUGUUGAAUUAAUUCGCAAAGGAUAUGCACGUGUUUUUGGUUUAGAUAAUUAUGAACAUGUCCAAACAUUACAAUUUAAUUCAAACUAUUCGAGGCUAAUUACUCGACUUUUGACUUGCGAAAAGGUUGCCGAAAGACGCGGUUUGGGACUUUGGGAACGGACUACUUGGGUAGAAAGUUUUGCUGCUUACCCAGCAACUUUGUUUCAAAUAAUUAAACAAUCUGCCGUCGUUAAACUUUGUUUCCUCGCAUAUUGGCUAAUUUAUGACAUUUUUCUCAAAUUAUCAGCUCUUUCAAAACAAAUUUUUUAUAUUGCCAAAACUCUUGGAAUUUAUUCAAUAGAAGGUUAUCAACGUUUCACUCGUUCAGUUGAUCGCUUAAUUAAUUGGUAUUCUAAUUUGAAAGGUGGAAGAAGGGCAAAAAGAAUUGAAUGA